ACUGAGGUGAAUAGAGAGUUGUAAGGAGGAGAAAUCGAACCCUAAUUCUCAUCUCUGCGAUGGCUGCGGAAGAGGAGUCCCUGGAAGAAAUAGUUGCGGCUCGGAAAGAGAGGCUGAGAGCUCUCAAAGCUGCGCAGCAACUGCUGAACACUCCGGAUGAGGAUGACCAGAAUCAGCCUGAUGACGUCGAUCAAACUAGUACCAACAUGAAAUUCCGAAAUUAUGUUCCUCAUGAUAAGAAGCUUCAGGAAGGGAAGCUAGAGCCGCCAAAACCAUCCAAGUUUGAAGACCCUGUUGCAGCGGUGCCACCUCCAUCUAACAAGACCGAGGACCCAUUCCUGAAUAUUGCUCCUAAGAAACCAAACUGGGAACUUCGUAGGGAUGUGCAGAAGAAGCUGGAUAAGCUUGAAAGGCGAACCCAGAAGGCAAUGUGUAAACUCAUGGAACAAGAAAAGCAGAAGCAAUUGGAAGAAGAUGCCAUCAGUGGUGCUGGUGACUAGCGUUAGAAGUUCAAGAGUUUACUUGACCACAUAAAAGAGGAGGCCAGUACCAAUAAAAAAUGGAUUGUGUUCAAUUUCGAACUGGUGGAGUAUAGUUUCUCUGUAUUCUCGGGCCAUGAAUUGAAGAAAUUCCUUUUGAAUGUUUGAUGGAUGGAUGACCUGGUCUUAACUCUGAGAUGACAAUUGGAAGCAUGCCUAUGUGAAACAAAAAUACAGCUUUGGUGCAUGUAAAGAUGUUAACUUGGUAAAAAUAUGUUCUGCAUGAUAAUUCAGAAUUUUCGUUAGUUGCUUGAUUAGUUCUGCUUGAAUUCUGUUUA